AUGAAGCGUCGCCGGGUUUCCGCAGCAUUCGUCGAGUUAGACUCCGCAGAGCUGAUUCGGACAAAGGAUGAAGAAGCAAGCCUAUCCGAGCCCAGAGGGCUCGCCUCGUCCCGAAAUCAGAAUCGCCGUUCUCCAGGAGCAACGGGAGAAGUGAAUAUCAUGUUGGGCAAAACGUCAAGCAAAAAAGGACAAAAAAGGACCGGUGGUGGCCAGCACAUGAGCUUUAAUACUGCUCUAAUGGAUGAUUCGUCACACUUGGCUGAUAUCGCGCCUAAGCCUCGUGACAUGGAGCACGCCAUGUCCACGACGAGCCACACAACUGAAACGUGCGGCCGCACAUCAUUGGUGACUAGCAAUCUGGUGGCUAAAGAAGAUAACCGACGUCCGACUGCAGAAUCUAAUUCCAUAUCCGACGUGAAAUUACAGGCCCCACUGCGAGUUACCCGUUCUGGCUCAGCGACCAGUAACCCACAGGAUGAUCCGUCGCAAACUAACCAUUCUGUGGUCGUUUCUGCCACAAACUUGACCAGUGCUCCGUCUCAACUUGAAGCUCUCGAUAGAGAGCCAGGGUCGACCAGGCUGAGCAUGCAAGGGUGUCUUAUACCCUUCCGGCCAAGACGCUCUACUCGCAAAACCCACACAUUGCAGACAAAAGCAGACGUGGACCGGAGUGAGGCUGAUGAAGAUAGUGUGGACAGGGGUGAACCGUCGAUUUCGUCCGCAGAUUCCGAACAUUCAAAUCCACCAAAUCAAAAAGGCAAACGCCGACGGAGAGUCUCCAGGCCCCAUGCGACCUCGGGAACUCGUAGGAAAUUUGCCAGGAAUCAAGCCAGGAAAUACAAAAAUCCCGGCCAUGCAAUCAAUCAGUUAUCUCUAACCGCUGACCCCAUGGGUGGUUUCCAAUUAGAUCCGCCGGAGCCCAAUGCAGUGCUGCACUUAACUGUGAUCAAAUCAAAUCCUCCGGACGUGAAUGAUGGAACGGAUAUUCCUGACAUCACUCUUCCUGACAUCGAAAAGCGACAGCCAAGUAGGACCGAGGUAUUUACUAACAAGCAGACGCUUGUCGAUAUAUCGAGCUGCUCACCAGCCGCCUUUGAUCAGACCAUACCAGAUGCUGAUUUCAAACGACCUCCAGAUCAACACUCUUUGAUGUGGGAUGCUCAUGGAAGAGGGAAGACAGUCGGGAAAAAACUGACCGAUGCUCUCCGGGGAUUAAAAAGGACUACUCACAAUCACCAGGCCCUCGGAAAUGGUGCUCGCUCCACACAAAUGUCUGGAAUGACCCCAACCAGCCCCAAUUCCCCUGGUACUACCGCUCUACAGGAAUCUUCGAAACGCAUUACUCGCAGCCAGCUUUCGCUGGGGUCGAAAAGAGGAGUAGAGCAAGUGCAAAGCGCUUCCUCAAGUGCAUGCGGGGAGCCGGCUGGACCUGGACCUUCCCGGUCAACUUUAGACGCGGAGAUGAUUUCUCAAAGGAAGGAUGCCCUUUUGGAUACGGCUGACCCGGCACACCCGCACUCACCCCCAGCUCGAGGGAGUUCGAACAGCAAGGAAUCAACAGGACAUGAAACCGGAAGAGAUGGAGCAAUCGAAUGUGAUAAAAUGCCUGAAGAUGAUCCGCAAAUGCCCCGUUUAUCGGACACCCCGGCUAAUAGGGCUGAUACUCCGCUCGCGAAUGAUCGAAAAGAACCAGAUCCCCAGAUCUUUGGAGGUGAGACAGCUGUCUCAUCGCAGAUCUCAGUUGUAUUAGAAGAUCACCAUCUCGAGGCAUCGUUUCACCCGGGUGAUAGGGGUGAACAGACCCCAGACUCCCAACGGCCAUUGCUAGCAGCUCGAUCUUGGGCAUCCGUGUCGCGGUCUACACGACGAGGCUGCGCUGUUGAUCAUAAUGGAAGCCCUCGACUGAAGCCCCAGGUGGUCACAAGCACCGGUCAGAUUCAAUCUCGUUUGGAAAUGGGCCGGAUCCGGUCUAUGAUUAGAAUAAGCGAUUCAAGCUCUAUUUACUCAUACUCGAGUGACGAGAGUCUGGAAGAGUACCUCCACGAGUACCUACCCGAGCACCUACCUGAGCACCAGCCUGUAGCCCGACCAAUCUGGAGCAAAUUCCAGCGUGAUAUGUUCAAAGAGUAUGGCAUAGAAGCAGAAGACCUAAUCAAACAGAAGACGAAGCCAUUCCUAUUUUCUGGAAAGGCCGAAAAUGAUGUUUAUGCGAAAACUCUCGAGGAAAGCCAAAAAUUGGAAAAACGACCGGUGGAAUCCCCAACUCACAUGAACAGAGCUACCUUCGGCGAGACAACCACACGGAGCGUCAUUCAAGAAAAGUCACUGGGGGGGGCCGCGGAGUGGUUCACAGCCAAACAUCGAUAG